AGAUCAUUCUAAGCCCAAGUACUGCUUUAAACGCUCCGCGGGAGGAUUUAAGCACAGUUUUGUCCCAUCAUCACGUUGGGCACCCCAUAUAGGAUGUGACUGCGCAACUCCCAGCUGUUCCUGGACCGCAGUUCGCAGGGACUCGCUUGUGUAGUCGGGGGCCGCCAGUGGCACGGAGCUCAUGCUGCUGCUCCACUGCUGUGCCUCCCCUCAUGUCUCAAUAACAGCAGAAGGCGGGCGGUGCAUGAGCGAGAGAGCCGUUCAGCCUUUCGUAGUAGUAUUUACAACACUUGCGCGGUGACCAAAGUCAACACUGAUACAUUGUAAUGUCCUAUAAGCCUGUUUAAAAUGGGCUUGUUUUUAUAUAUCGCUGGAUCUGAUAACCCCACCGAGGCCAGUGUCUAUGAGCAGGUACUUCACUGUGAGGGUGUGAAUAAUAAAAGCUACAUAUGUGAGACGGGACACUGUUGUGGAGAGUCCCAGUGCUGUAGCUACUACUAUGAACUCUGGUGGUUCUGGCUGGUGUGGGCCAUUAUCUUCAUCCUGAGCUGCUGUUGUGUCGGUCAUCAUCGUCGCACCAAACACAGACUGCAGCAACAUCAACGACAGCGCGAGAUCAACCUCAUUGCCUACAGAGAGGUUCACAACUACCCCUCACUGCCCUUCUACUUCAGAUUCCUACCCAACAAUCUCCUUCCAGACUAUGAGGAGGUAGUGCAUCGGCCCGCUACGCCACCUCCUCCAUACAGUGCCUUAAACGCCGACCCUCCGGCCUACACAAGCGCUUUAACCACUGACCAGCAGGAUGUGCAAUGCGUACCCAGACAGACCACUCCAUUGCCCCCUGCAUCUGACAUGCUCUGUUCCAGAUCCAACAUAGAGGACAUCCAUACCUCUGAGUACCACCAGAAAGAAGACCGCAAGGGCGAGAUGGAGUUAGAGGGGGGCAGAUCCGCACAGAGCACUCUGCCUUUAGAGCAGCCUCCCAGCAUGGACAAACAGAAAGAGUGCAGGAAGGAGCCACUCAGGAAUGAGGCAGUGCCUGAACAGAAAGAGAGGAUUCUGGGAAGGCACCGCAGAUUUACGGGGGACUCUGGGAUUGAAGUGUGUGUUUGUGGGCAAGGCUUGGAGAGCCCUGAGCCCAAAGAAUUCGAGGGGCUUUUGAGUGAAGAGGACUCCGAAGAUUUCUGCGAUGAAUGUGGCCUUCAUUCCUACGGAGAGGAACGUCAGGGACUUCUGUCCCCAGAAAACAAAGUGGAGCGUGGAGCAUCUCCUGUGCCUCAAUCUCAACCUCAUCCUGUCUGCCUCUGUUUGCAUACUAUUAAUGAACAAGAGAGUCCACAACAUAGCAACAUAGAAUCAUAAAGCUAAAUGAAUGAUAUUACUGAAAAAACAAACAAACAAACAAACAAAGUUUGAGAGAGCGAAAGAUUGUGAUUGGUCUAUAGCGUACAGCUCAUGUCGGAAACGAUACGCCUAUUUCAAUGGCUCUGUAUUUUGAAUGCUCUUUAGAAAAUAUAAAGAUCUGUUAUUCAUCAUACUUACUAGUUGUGAUUCAGUGGAGCAGCUGGUCCAAAUAAACAGGAUACUGAUCCAUCUUUCAACAUAAGCGUUUUGUGAAUCCUGCGUUGAACUUCCCGAGAUUAGAGGAUCAGUCGUCAGCAGAAUGACGUGUUUGUGGGUGGAGUCAAGUUGUUCACGGCCAGCUAAUGUAGAACAUAGGUUUGCAUUGUGCAAAUGUGUUACCCCAUGACGUGCAGCAGUCACGGAAGUGGGAUUCAAGUUACUCACAACUCGUUUCAGCUGUACAUAGUCGAUUGCUUAUUUUGGGAGACAAUAACUUUCAGCUUCACAACUUUGCAGAUCAUUUACAUUCACAUACAGCUACAUUACACACUGCAUGAAAGGCAAUAUUGGAAAUGGUAUAAUAGGGGCACUUUAAUAUUUUUAUUUCAUUUAUUCCAAGGUGCUGUAAAUUGAAUCAUGUUCUGUUGUAAUUGUACAAUACUUUUGUACAUGCAACAUAGCUAGUUUUAUUGUAAAAUAAAUAAACAAAAAAUAGGAAGAUUAAAACUAAUUUACUAUCAAUGUCUAUAACUCAGAAACUCCAAUAUCCAUAGUUUGCCACUUUGUAAUUACAAUUUUGUAAUGGCAAUCCUGUGUUCAACUAAUAAAAACAAUCUUUCAGACAUGAGGCACCACAAGACAUCCACAUUUACUCUGCAAAAUCAUGUGAGUGAAGUAAUUUCAAUUGCAAUCCAUGUGAACAUGAGAUUUCGCUGGUGUUCAAGUUGGUAAUAUGAAUUUGUUGCAUUCGCUAACAGAAAGCUGCUUGGUUUGAAAUUGACCUCUGUGUGAGCAGUGCUCCAUGCAUUGCUACAUUAUUGAGGAUGGCCCUUUUUUACCUUUGAAAUCUUGCUGGAAUUUUAUAAUGUGACCAGACUUUAACUGUGCAGUCUUCGGACUGAGAUUCUAAAUGUAAACACCGAUGUGCUGAAUGAACACCAAAAAAACAAAAACACCAUGUGCUUUUAAUUUCCAUGUUGACUUUCCCUAAUGUAAUGGGACAAAUCUUACUGCUGUGUAUAAGGUUAUUGUUUUGCACAAUCACAUUCUUCUGAAUGAAUCAUAUUCAUGAUAAUUUCAAAUACAAAGUAUAUACAUAUAGUCUUAAUAUUUUGUUUGUUUAUAUUGUCUUUUUUUUUUUUUUUUUGGCUGCUGUAUGCUUUGAUGAAUUAUUCAUGAAGUUUAUAAGUGCUGCUUCUAAUUUGGUUACAUGCAAACACUACAAAGUGUAUAUUCCUUUGAACCUGUAGGAAUAAAAGCCUUGCCAAAAGGAGUUGUCUUUAGUACCUGAGCAUGGCUUAAAGUCAGUAUUAACCAUUGAUAUAGGCUGUCAAGUAAACAGAAACAUUUAUAUGUUUUUAAAAUUAUAUACACAUAAUUAUGUGUAAAACAUAUAUUGUUGAACUUGAUGUUAAAUUACACAUAUGGGUACAGAUUUGAUCAAGCUUUAUUGUGGUAAUGUGAUUUUCAAGUGCCUUUUAUAUCAUUUUAACAUUGUUACCACUCUAAAUACAGUUUCACAUGCCAGUUGUCAUCAUCUUGAACAGCUUCAUACAAUAUAUAGUUUUAUACAAAAGCUUUGCUUUUGAUUUUCAGGUCAUAUGCAAACUAAUGAGCCAUACAUAUGUACUUAAUAAAAUGGUUUAUUUUUGAAUUUCUGCAUCAAAGUAGCUUCAGUUCCUCCAUGACCACUGAAGCACUCUUUCAAAGCUCUCCAUGUUAACAAGUUAAUUUAUUUCACUGCCCUAACAAAUGUUAUUAUUAAAGAGAUUCGCUGCUCUUUCUCUGUGAUGACAAUCUAUUAUUAUUAUUAUUGUAGCUUGGAGACAUUUACCUAUGAAUCAAUCUCUUCUCUGAUAUAUUAAAAAGCUGCUGAUUUUCGAAAUCUUGAAUACUCUGAAUCAUCCCGCGCAUCUCACGUAAGACUUAAAAUGUGAUUGUAAAAACUGUAGUUUUGUCUUACAUUGCAAUAAUCUAUGUAAUGAUAUGAGUUGUGAUGCAGAUCAUAUUUAUCUUGUGUUAUGCAAAAAAAAAACCUAAUCGUGACACUGUCCAUUAAAUGCGAAUCAAAACAACAUGUAUAAGUGUUUUCAUUUGUUCCUUGUUUUUUAAAUGAUUAAAUGAAAUAGAGGCAGGGAUUCUGAUUCAUUCCAGUGACUCGAAUCUUUGAAUCAGUUCACUAACAUGAUCGAUUCAGUGGCCAUUUGAACAGUACAGGAAAGUACUAAUCAAUUCAGCUGAUUUCUGGGUCUUUAUUUAGUUUCUUUAUUUUUCUAUUUAAAACUUGACUCUUCUGAAGUUACAUCGUGAGGUGUCGUGGUCUAGUGGUUAGAGAGUUUGACUCCUAACCCUAGGGUUGUGGGUUUGAAUCUUGGGCCGGAA